AUGACCGAAAACUAUCCACUUCUUUCUGAGGAGUUAAAAUUAUGGCAAAAUCUUUAUAAUCAAUCAUUAACAAUCGAUGGAAAAGAAUCAAUUGUUCAAACAGAUGGAACAAGACAACUUGUUUUACUUCCAAUGAUGACAUAUACACUUAUAUCGACAAUGCUUCAAAAAUUAAAAUAUCUUCCAAAUAAUUGCUUUAAUCGUAUUGUCAUUGGUGAAACUCCCAUCUGUGGUCUUCGACCAUUGAGUCGAACAAGUCCAUCAUUAAUGUAUAAACUUACAGAAAUUUUACGUACUAUUGUUGAUGGUGUUCGUAAACAACAUAUUCUUACCUAUGGGCGAAGAUCACUCAAGCGACCAUCAGUCAUCGAAUUGCGAACUGUUGUUUUAAUUAAUUUCAUUUUUGAAAAUGUACUCUCACAUGUUGCUGAAGAUACUGGAAUUGUUAUUGCAGCUUUAAUAACAUCAACCAUAGCUUUAUAA